AUGGCGGGUGUUUCAACGGUUACCGCGUCACCGGCUGCCGUCUGCCGGCGACUGCUCGUCCUUCCACGGCGUUUAUCAUCGGUAAAAUCUUACUUUUCUUCUUUAUCAUCUUCGAAACUCUACUCGAGGCUAGGCUGGAUUCCCCUUCGGCGCGGCGGAGCCACCGUGCUCUCGUCUAGAAAGCUUGUGAUUCGAGCUGCCCGAACCGAGUCCAAAGGGGUAUCUCUCGGUUUUAAAGCGCCCGAUUUCGAGUUGCCGGAACCUUUGACUGGGAAAUUGUGGCAACUGAGCGAUUUUGAAGAGCACCCAGCAUUGCUGGUCAUGUUCAUUUGCAAUCAUUGUCCGUUCGUGAAGCAUUUGAAGAAAGACAUUGUAAAGCUUUCGAACUUCUAUAUGAAGAAAGGGCUAGGAGUGAUUGCAAUUUCCUCAAACUCUGUAACUACUCAUCCACAGGAUGGACCCGAAUUCAUGGCUGAGGAGGCUAAGUUAUUUAACUACCCUUUCCCGUAUCUCUAUGAUGAGUCCCAAGAUGUGGCGAGAAACUUUGGAGCUGUGUGCACGCCUGAAUUUUUGUUAUUUAAAAAGGAUGGUCGUAGGCCAUUUGAAUUAGUUUAUCAUGGUCAGUUUGAUGAUUCACGCCCGAGUAGUAACAUAAGCGUCACGGGAAGGGACUUGAGCUUAGCAAUAGAUGCUGUUUUGAGUGGACAACCUGUGCCAGCCAACCAGAAGCCCAGCGUUGGAUGCAGUAUAAAGUGGAAUCCAGAGUGA